AUGACGACGAUUGGAAAAAUUGAUGUUUUUGAUGAAACCCAAGAAAGCUGGGAGACGUAUGUCGAACGAGUACAACAUUUUUUCGCUGCAAACGAUGUCGACGACAAUCAUCAAGUGCCAACUCUGCUGAGUUUGAUUGGAAGCAAAACGUAUUCAUUAUUAAAGGAUUUACUUUUGCCAGAAAAGCCUGCAGACAAGAACUUUGAUGAAAUAGUAAGUACAUUACAGAAGCAUUUAAAUCCUAAACCACUAGAAAUUGCCGAACGGUUUCGUUUUAUAAGAGAAAUCAGCAAGAAGGGGAGAGCAUUUUAAGUUAUAUAGCUGAGUUAAAGAAAUUAACCACACAUUGCAAUUUUGGAAAUAACUUGGAAGAAACCUUGCGCGACAGAUUGGUGUGUGGAUUAAGUAAUCAGCAAAUUCAGAAACGUCUCCUUGCAGAGUCAAAAUUAAAAUUCUCCAAAGCUGUUGACAUAGCAGUUGCUACGGAAACAGCCACUCGAAUAGAUCAGAUAGUGGCCCAUCUUCCCCUGUAGUGUGUUAUCGAUGUGGAGCUAAUACCCAUGUUGCAACUGAGUGUAGAUUUAAGAAAGAAGUCUGUCACAAGUGUGGAAAGAGAGGUCAUAUUCAAAGAGCUUGCCGGGCACAACAAAACCAGGGGCCCGGUAGACCCUCGCCCAGAUCAAGAUACCAAAAAUCGACCAAUGCCAUAGAGACCGAACCAGAUGAGUAUGAACACUUGUUGAAUAACCUAGAAGUUCAUAGUGUAAACAAAUCAAACAGUGAUGUCAUAUGGGUUGACGUGAAAGUUGAAAAUCAACCACUAUCCAUGGAACUAGACACAGGAUCGGCCGUGUCCAUUUUACCAUAUGACAUGUUCUUGGAAAGAUUUCGCGACAAGAAGUUAGAGAAAACAACCACCGUACUAAAGACCUAUACUGGUGAACUGAUCGUUCCAGUUGGUUGCCUUACCAUGCAAGUUGAAUACUUAGAUCAAUCAUGUCAAUUGCCAUUCCAUGUAGUCCAGACUAAGGGUCCAGUGUUAAUGGGUCGAGAUUGGCUUCACAAGCUUCGCCUCGACUGGAAAACCAUCAAGUUGUUGAAAUCCUCAGAUUCCAGCCAUAGAAACCCUGGCACGACUACACAAGAGAAGCUGAAAAACCUAUUGGAUACGUAUGCAGAGGUUUUUGAAGACAAGCUGGGAACUUUCAAAUCUGCCAAAGCAAGGAUAACCCUCAAAGAAGGUAGUCAACCACAGUUUCGCAAAGCUCGUCAUGUCCCAUAUUCCUUACGACCGAAAGUGGAGGAAGAACUGAAGAGACUUCAGAGCGAAGGUAUUUUGUCGAAAGUAGAGUGGAGUGAUUGGGCGACACCGAUUGUACCAGUGCCGAAACAAGAUGGUUCAGUCCGUAUUUGUGGUGACUUCAAAGGUACUAUUAACCCAAUACUACAAGCAGAACAGUAUCCUCUGCCUCGAAUCGAAGAUAUCUUUGCCCAUUUAGCUGGUGGGAAAAAGUUUUCCAAGAUCGACCUCCGCCAAGCUUACCAUCAGAUUGAGCUGGAGGAAGAAUCCAAGAAGUAUCUUACAAUUAAUACGUCCAUGGGCUUGUUUCAAUACAAUCGAUUGGUGUUUGGUAUUACCUCAGCUCCCGCCAUUUGGCAGCGUACCAUGGAUCAGAUUCUGGAAGGAACUUCUGGUAUUAGUUGUAUCCUAGAUGAUAUGAUUGUGACGGGUAAAAGCGACGCAGAGCAUAUGGCUAACCUGGAGGAGGUCCUUCGACGGCUGCACCACCAUGGGUUAAGAGCCAAUAAAUCGAAGUGUGAGUUCUUCAAAGAAAAGAUCACGUUCUGUGGCCACGACAUUGAUA